AUGUUGUUGGCCAAAACUCCAUGUCUACUACUGGUGCAGGUGAUCGCUGCUGGAAUCAGUUUUGCCCUCACCUCUCUCCAGGACCAAUGUGAAACCCUGCAGCACAAUUCUAACUUCACAGGUUUUACCUGCAACGCUUCCAUUGAUAUGAUCGGCACUUGCUGGCCCAGUACUGCAGCUGGACAGAUGGUGGCCAGACCCUGCCCCGAGUACUUCCAUGGGGUGCAAUACAACACAACAGGGAAUGUGUACAGAGAAUGUCACCUGAACGGCAGCUGGGCUGGGAGAGGAGACUACGCUCAAUGCCAGGAGAUUCUAAAGCAAGAGAAGAAAACCAAAGUUCAUUAUCACAUAGCCAUCGUGAUUAACUUCCUGGGUCACUCCAUUUCCCUUUGUGCUCUCCUGGUGGCUUUUAUCCUGUUCUUGAGGUUGAGGAGCAUCCGGUGCCUACGUAAUAUCAUCCACUGGAACCUGAUCACGGCUUUUAUUCUGCGUAAUGUAACCUGGUUUGUGAUGCAGCUCACUCUCAGCCAUGAAGCCCACGACAGCAAUGUGGUUUGGUGCCGCCUGGUCACCAUCGCUCACAAUUAUUUUUAUGUUACCAACUUCUUCUGGAUGUUUGGGGAGGGCUGUUACCUGCACACGGCCAUUGUUCUAACCUACUCAACUGACAAACUGCGCAAAUGGAUGUUCAUCUGUAUUGGCUGGUGUAUCCCCUUUCCCAUCAUUGUGGCUUGGGCCAUUGGCAAACUUUACUACGACAAUGAAAAGUGCUGGUUUGGGAAGAAAGCGGGAGUCUACACAGAUUUUAUCUACCAAGGACCUGUCAUCCUUGUGCUGCUGAUCAACUUCAUAUUUUUAUUCAACAUUGUACGGAUUCUGAUGACAAAGCUCAGAGCUUCCACCACUUCAGAGACCAUACAGUACAGGAAAGCUGUUAAAGCCACCCUGGUGCUCCUGCCUUUGCUUGGGAUCACCUACAUGCUUUUCUUUGUGACGCCCGGGGAGGAUGAAAUCUCACGUAUCGUCUUUAUCUAUUUCAACUCUUUCCUGCAGUCCUUUCAGGGUUUCUUUGUUUCAGUUUUCUACUGCUUCCUUAAUAGUGAGGUGCGCUCAGCAGUCCGGAAGCGAUGGCACCGAUGGCAGGACAAGCAUUCAAUCCGUGCUCGCGUGGCCCGUGCCAUGUCCAUUCCCACAUCACCCACUCGGAUUAGUUUCCACAGCAUCAAGCAAUCUUCUGCCAUUUGA